UCCAUUAGUUUCAUUCACAGCUCCUCCCCAUUAUUCAUUCACGGAGAAAAAUGAAAACCACCCAAAAUUUCUUUUAUCUCCUCUCUCAGAACUCAUCCAUUGAUGACGAAUUAAGCCCUUAAAUCAGAAACCCUCACUAAGAUUAAACUUUUACAUAUCUUAAUCGAGCAGCAGUUAGGUUUAAUUUUCAAAAUCACCAGGUGGAUCUGACAGCUUAAGUUGAAGUUCAAAAAUUUCAAGAGUAGAUAACUAUGUCGAGACAUCCUCUUACUAGUAGCAGUCGAUCUCGGACUGCAAGAACCAGGUCUGCAAGUACUACUCCAAGUGCAUCUCCUUGGCCGGCGGCUUUGCUCAAUUCACAAGGGUCCCCAUCAACUGAUAGUGGUCACAUUGCUGCAAGUACUACUCUAAGUGAAGAUCAUUGGCCGGAGGCUUUGCUCAAUUCACAAGGGUGCCAUCAACUGAUAGUGGUCACAUUGCUGCAAGUACAAGCGAAGGGAGUCUUCAUCGUGUGUCUUCGUCAGAUGGCGAUCAUUCUCCGAGACAUGGUAAUGAGAAUCAGGCUGAAGGAGAUGGAUGGCAUGAGGCUAUGCAUCAACCAAAUAAUGAAGCUGCAAAUAAUGAAGCUGCAAAUAAUGAAGCUGCAAAUACGGAGGAAAGCGGGAUUAAUGAUGGUCACCUAUUGGAGAUCAAGUUCAAUUCUAUGGGGAAACCAAUAGAAGAUGGUUCUAAGAAAUAUGCUACCAGGGUUGGAACAAUAGCCAGGAGUAUUGUCCCACCACAUCACGAAGAUUGGAGAGAUGUUCCUUUGGUUCUUAAGGAAGAAAUCUGGAGAGCUUUUCAAGAAUGAAUACAGGGUACCUGAAAUCAUCAAAUCCAAGGCUCUAAGGAUGGUAAACAAAUCAUGGAAGAACAAAAAGACCACCCUAAGGAAGUGGUCUGUUAUUCCAAACAAAUCAUGGAAUAACAGACCAAAUGGUGUGAAGAGAGAGGAUUGGGAUAAACUUGUGGACUUGCAUGAUUCGGAAGCAGAUAAGAUACUAAGGGAGAUAGGGAAGGAAUCAAGGAAGCUUCUGAAAGCUUUACAUACUACUGGAAGGGAUGGUAUUGCACACCGUCGACGUGUUAUGGAACAACAAUCUCCAAAUGGUAGUGUAAGCCGAUCUGUUGUGUACUUGGCUACACAUGUUUACAAAGAAAUACCUCAAGAAGCACUUGAAUUAAUGGACCCCAACUGCUAUGAAGUAAAAUGCAGAGAAUAUGUUGCACAAGUAAGAGAGCUUAAUGAAACUGAGCAGUAUAGAGAUGAAACCCAUUUGGACAGAGAUGCAGUUGCCAAGGUGUUUGGAGUUGAUGAUAGAGGUUGUGUUCGAGGAAUGGGAGGUGGGAUACCCAAGACUGAACUAAUUGCUUCUAAAGUUCCUAGGGAGCAGUUAAGACAGCAAGUGCUGAAGACUAGAGCUGUAGAAGAUCGGGGUAUGAAUGGUGGUGGUUUUCAACCAGCUGGAUCUCAGCGGGUAAUUCUGAAGAACAUGAGAAAGAGAGCUGUUGCAGUAGGCUAUAUAUUUACCAAUAGGCCUCCAAUAGAUGAUGAAUUUCAUUUGGUCCUCAUUGAUGAAAUAUGUUUACUUUCUGAGAGUCUCUGUGAAGGUGAUGGAAUAUUUAGAGAUGUUUCCAUAGGUGACAAGGUUAUGUGGCCACAACACUAUGUUUUCCCAGUUACCGCAGGUGGUGAUGCCUUUUAAUGAAUUUGGAGUUCUGGUUCUAUGUGGAGGUUUGGGACUUUUUUUUGGGUAUAUAUAUACAUGGUUGGUAUACAUGUAAGUUUUUCGGAUAUAUUACGUACUCGGCAAUAUAUGUAACUAGUUAUGGGAAUAUCUUUUUUGAGAUGUAAGUAUUUUGGGUUAGACUUGCAAGUUUGUAUGGUUUUGAGUCUCAUCUUCUUCUUUUUUGUGAUGAAGAAGAGAUUCAAAACAUGUAAAGAAGUGUCUUGCAAUAGAUAUGUAGCUUCAGCA